AUGGAACAUUCUCCUUCAUCAUCAGACUCCAGUGAGGAUUAUGGACUCCUCAAACAAAUCCCUACCCUCCUUCAUAAAUCUAGGCUUAAAACCCCACUUCCCCCAUCACAACCCAGGGAGGACCGUGCCACAACAGAGGUCCCAAUGACCCCCAAAAGAUUUGCCCUCCCUUUCCUUCCUCCUAGCACACCUUCACACCGCAAAACUUCCCUCCACCCUUCCCCCGUUGCUUAUCAGCCGCUGCUAAAUCCUCGGGCUCCUCCACAAGAAUUUAGCCGCCUCCAGCAAGCUCUGUACAAGACCAGGGCUGAAAUCCUCCAGCUAGAAAUAAACAAGACUCACACGACUGAGAAUAAGAAUAAAAGGAAGAGACAGCAGAAGAAGAACAGGAAGAAGAGGUUCAAGCUGAAAGCGAUAGUUGAACUGGCACAGAUCAGAAUUCAGAAGCAUGGAUUACAACUGUGUAGUGAGGAUCAGAGAACUUUAGACAGCCUAAAACAGUUGCUCGAACAAUCAGAAACCACUCAUAAGCCAAUGUCUGAAUAGAGGAGAUAGAGAUCCAGUGCUAAUCCCUUUAGGAAACUGUCUGUU